UGCAUUUUACCCUCCCCUCCCUCGCCAAUUCCCGUUAGCCGCCGCAGGGGACUUCAAACAACGAACGAUAUUUUAGGGCGACGAUUUUGGGGCCGCGUACGAUUCCUCGUUCCUUUUCACAUCCCUCUCUCUCCCUCGCAGAGUGAGUACAUUGGGUGGUAUUCUUUUUAAUGGCGCUUCGCUUUGAGGCUUGAUUUCAGGUGGUAGGAAGGUUCAACCGGGCGCGUGCGGCACAACUGACGCUGCCUCAUUUCGUAUGUCAAACGCCACUUUUUAUGCCUGUGGGAACUCAAGGUACAAUAAAAGGUCUAACUAAUAACCAGCUGGAGGAAAUCGGCUGCCAGAUUAUACUUGGAAAUACGUACCACCUGGCGCUUCGCCCUGGUGCAGAUCUGAUUGAUGAAUUCGGGGGCCUUCACAAGUUCAUGAAUUGGAAAAGAGCUCUUCUUACCGACUCGGGUGGUUUUCAAAUGGUUUCUUUGUUGCAUUUAGCUGAUAUUACUGAGAAAGGAGUAACAUUUCAGUCACCUGUUGACGGAAAGCCGAUGCUCCUGACACCGGAAGAGUCCAUCCAAAUUCAAAAUAAAAUAGGAGCUGAUAUCAUCAUGGCCCUUGAUGAUGUUGUAAAAACCACCAUUACUGGUCCAAGAAUUGAGGAGGCCAUGUAUCGCACUCUUCGGUGGAUGGACAGAUGUAUAGCUGCUCAUCAGAAACCUGAUACUCAAAAUUUAUUUGGAAUUGUUCAAGGAGGGCUAGAUCCAGUUCUCAGAGAUAUAUGUGUGAGGGGCUUGGUUGAACGUAAUCUUCCUGGCUAUGCCAUAGGUGGUCUUGCAGGUGGUGAAGAUAAAGAUUCCUUUUGGCGUGUUGUGGCACAGUGCACUGCUGCAUUACCAGAAGACAAACCACGCUACGUGAUGGGUGUCGGCUAUCCACUUGAUAUUGUAGUCUGCAGUGCUCUAGGUGCAGACAUGUAUGAUUGUGUUUAUCCUACUCGUACUGCUCGCUUUGGCUCAGCACUCAUACCAGAGGGAGUUUUGAAGCUGAAAAACAGGGCAAUGGCAAAUGAUGAACGCCCUAUUGACCCUACAUGCCCAUGUAUGGUCUGUAAAACAUAUACACGUGCUUAUCUACACUGCCUUGUCACAAAAGAUGCUAUGGGUUCUCAACUUCUGUCAUAUCAUAACCUAUCAUACAUGAUGAAGCUCAGCAGGGAUCUCCAUACAUCGAUAGUUGAAGGACGUUUCCCUGAGUUUGUGAGAGGAUUUCUGCGGACACAGUUCCCCAAGGGUGAUGUCCCGGAGUGGGUGUGCAAUGCAAUGGAAGUUGCCGGUAUCGACAUCUCUUCAUGCUGUGCUUCCUUCUCACCAAGCCAUUAGCUUGAAAUUUUGCGAUAUUAGUCUUAGUUAAUCAGACUAAUUUCACACUCAGCCUCAAAGAGGUCUCACGGUAAGAUUCUUCGUCAACAGUGUCACCGGCAGCAUAUAAUUUUUCAGCAAUAUGCUGCUUUACAAGAAAGAUAAUACAGGUGAUAAUUUUCAACACGAAUUUGUUGUCCCACGAACUGAGUCAUACAGUUGUUGUUAUUAAUCAUACAAUUGUUGUUGUUAGCAAAGAGAAACUGUGCAAAACGCUCAGAUUACCAUUCUAAUGUUGUUGCUCAACAUUGGUUCAUUUC